CCGAGGUUAAUCGAGGUGACUUCGACCUUUACGGUUUCUUUAGUCCGCACCAAAAUACACGUAGGCACCACCACAACGGAAAAAACAAACACUUCACCUGAGAUUGAGAGAUUCAGAUCUUAAGGGCUAGUGUUCGAUUCUUCGUCUUGUCGGAGAAUCAACACCGUUUGAUCUCACCCCGCAUUGCCCUCCCACCCCCGAUCCCAUAUACAUAAACAAUUUCUCAGAUCUUGUUCUCAAAAAUCAACGGCUCAAAGUUUAUUCUCCAUCAUUUUGCAUAAUUCAGCUGUUAUGGGAGCAGAAGAGAUUAAAGAAAUGGAUAUCAGCAAGUGGCCUUCAGAUUUGGCCUAUGAGCAGUGGGUAGCGCUGCCAGUUUCUGGUGCACGACCAUCAGCUCGGUACAAGCAUGCUGCAGCAGUGGUUGGUGAGAACCUAUAUAUCCAUGGAGGCAGUCGUAAUGGUCGAUACCUGUCUGAUAUUCAGGUAUUUGAUCUUAGAAGUUUGACAUGGUCUAGUCUGAAACUGAAGAUUGAAUCAGAUGCUGAUAAAUCAGAAGACAAUGGCUUACAGGAAGUUCUUCCAGGCACUUCAGAUCAUAGUAUGAUUAAGUGGGAAAACAAACUUCUUCUUCUUGGUGGGCAUUCGAAGAAAUCUUCUGAUGCGAUGAUAGUGCAUGUCCUCAAUCUAGAGACACAUGUCUGUGGUGUUGUGGAGACCUCAGGAAAAGUUCCGGUAGCACGUGGGGGUUAUUCUGUGACACUGGUAGGUUCUAAACUGAUUGUGUUUGGUGGAGAAGACAGGAGCAGGAAAUUGCUGAAUGAUGUACAUGUUCUUGAUCUAGAGACAAUGACUUGGAGUUUAGUGGAGUCAACGCAAACACCCCCUGCUCCAAGAUUUGAUCACACAGCUGCAGUGCAUGCUGAGCGCUACCUUUUGAUUUUUGGUGGUUGUUCUCAUUCAAUAUUCUUCAAUGAUCUUCAUGUAUUGGACUUGCAGACUAUGGAGUGGUCCCAACCACAAGUUCAGGGUGAUUUGGUGAGUCCUAGGGCAGGUCAUGCUGGUAUUUCCAUUGAUGAAAUAUGGUAUAUUGUUGGUGGUGGAGAUAACAGCAAUGGUUGCCUGGAGACUCUUGCAUUAAAUAUGUCUAAGUUAGUUUGGUCUACUUUGACAACUUUGAAGGAAAGGCAUCCACUUUCUAGUGAGGGACUAAGUGUUUGCUCGGCAAUAAUUGAUGGGGAGAAGCAUUUGAUUGCCUUUGGUGGAUACAAUGGGAAAUAUAGUAACGAGGUUUUUGUUAUGAAACUCAAACCAAGAGACUCAUCUCAUCCCAAGAUUUUUCAGUCCCCAGCAGCAGCAGCAGCAGCAGCUUCUGUUACUGCUGCAUAUGCCUUGGCAAAGUCAGAAAAGUUGGAUUUUCCGCAAAUAAUAGAUCUGAACUUUAAUGGAGUUGAAAAUAAUGUUCUUAAAAAGGAUAUCAAUAUUGAAAUUGAUGCAAUUAAAGAAGAGAAAAAGGUGUUGGAGUUGUCAAUUGAAGAAGUCACAGCAGAAAACUCUAGGUUCAGAGAGAAGAUUGAUGAAUUAAAUAGUAAUCAUACUGAAUUAUCCAAGGAACUCCAAUCUGUCCAAGGUCAGCUGAUAUCUGAGAGAUCAAGAUGCUUUAAACUUGAGGCUCAAAUUGCUGAACUACAAAAGAUGCUGGAAUCCUCACAGUCCAUAGAGAACGAAGUACAAAUACUUAGGAGACAAAAGUCAGCACUGGAACAGGAGAUGGAGCUUUCAGCUGCCCAGAGGCAAGGUUCUGGUGGUGUUUGGCGGUGGAUAGCUGGAAGCACAUAGAAGUUGCAUAUCAUUUGAAAAAAGGAUCAUGCCAUUGCUAGUUGAUCUAGUAUAUCUGAAGCAAUGGACUGGGUAUGAUCCUGCCCUGAGGAUAUCAGAGUGCAAUCUUUCUUGAAGAACAUUUAGAUUGUGCACAUGGUCUACAUGUGUUAGCUUAAUAAGUCUUUGUGGGCUUUUGUGUUUCAACCAUUGCAGCAUUUUCUUGAGGAGAUAGAUUCUGAACUCGUUGCAAGAAUAUAGUCUAUAUGAAUUUGUUCUUUCUCUAGCUAGGUUGCCUCCCGCAAUUUAUUUAUUUUAUUUAUUAAACUUUAAGCCUUUUUGUUCAAUGGAUAGCUGUUCUGUCUCCCGUAAACUGGGCAAGUUUUGUACUCUUUGAUUUUAUUUGUUAGUUCCUGUGCCCUCGAUCGAAUUAUAUUGUUAUGCAAGGAAUCUCUUGAACAUUACAUAUUGCUUUGCUCCUUGGGAUUAUAAAUCUGCAAAAUUUAUAUUGA